AAUGUCCUGGUAAUUCACAAUGUCAAUGUGAUGGUCAAUGUGGUUUGAGCUGCGUUAAAAAAGGUCUUCAAUGUAAACCUCCUCCCAAGGUUAGAAAUGCCAAGUUCACAACAACUGGAAAUAGUUUUAACGACGUUGCAACGUACACUUGCAAUCGGGGAUACUCUUUGAACGGGUCUCCCAAGAAACGAUGCACGGCUAAAGGGGAAUGGGAUGGCGUUGGGCCUACUUGCAUGCCAGCAUGUACACAGCCAGUACUGCCAUUUGGUGCUUAUGUUAUGUCCAUAAUAAAGUCAAUGUACAAGACAGGAGACCGCAUACAGAUUGGUUGUAAGACGGGUUUCAAACAAAGCGGAAAUCCCUACAGAAUAUGUAUGUCUGGACGUUGGACUGCGUUCCAAUUUCAAUGUAAAGGGAUUUCUUGUGGAGUGCCACCAAGUAUAAACAACGGUUUUAAGCAGUUUAAUUCUACCGGUUACAACGCUACAGUCCGCUACUGGUGUAAAAAUGGCUUCACUUUAAAUGAUGACAAAACAAAAAGGUGUACAGCCAAGAAAAGAUGGGAGAAACCUACUCCAAAGUGCCUUCCAGACUGCAAGAACCCUGUAAUUCUUAAUGCCUUCGUUGAUAAUCCUAAGUCCAAGUAUGCGUCCGGUGAUCGAGUAACGUUUAAAUGUAAAAAGGGUUAUCAAUCACAAGGUGUUCCAUCCGCGCUAUGCUUCAUGGGAAGAUGGAAAAGCAUUUCUUUUAUUUGUAUUAAAAAAAUCUAAUUUAAGGAA